GGUCUGCCAGCAGUACAACGUCAAUGUCAUUGUCAAACAUACCAGCGAACAGCUGAUAAAUGACAGUACAAAAUUCUUCAUCUCUUACCAGUUAAAAUAGGAUUGAUGAUUUUCAAUUUUUGUGGCAAUAAUAACAUGAAUGAUAGUUGACAAUGAUGGAACAGAAUUGUGAAAUUGGAGAAAACGGUAGUAAAAUUUCAAAUUCAUCUGAAGAAAAUGGUUCUCAAAAAAGUGAUAAGGAUAUUCUCCCUUCAGAAAGCAAAAUUCAAAAAACCGAAGAACAAGGGGACAAAGAAACUUCAGAAAAUGGUCAGGGGACUGAGGAACUUAUAGAAAUUAAAAUAAUUUACAGCAAAAAGAAAUACGAUGUGCAAAUAUCUCAAGAUGCCACAGUUGCCACUCUGAAAAAACAACUACAGGGUUUAUUAGGUGUACCAGAUUCCAUGCAAAAAUUAAUGUUUAAAGGUUUGCUUCAAGACAAUCAGACAUUGAAAAGUGCGGGAGUUGUAAAGGGAACUAAAAUUAUGUUAGUAGGAUCAACUUUGAAAGAUGUCUUAGCUGUGUCUUCUGUUAGCAAACAAGAUUUGGCCGAAGCUGAAAAAGCAAGUACUACAAAAGAGCCUUUAUGCAAACAGAAACUACAUAAAAAAAUAAUAGAUAAAGGUGUACCAGAUGAUAUUUUGCCAGGUAUUAAAAAUGUAAAAGAGAAGUUACCGUCAGCUCCUUUGUCUGGUAUGUUAAAUAAACAUGGGGGAAAAGUGAGACUUACCUUUAAAUUAGAACAAGACCAAAUAUGGCUAAGCACUAAGGAACGAACUGAAAAAUUACCAAUGACAUCUAUUAAAAACGUUAUUUCUGAAAGUAUUGAAGGGCAUGAAGAAUAUCAUAUAAUGGGUUUACAAUUAGGUCCAACUGAGGCAUCACGGUAUUGGAUCUAUUGGGUACCUGCUCAAUACAUAGAUGCAAUUAAGGAUGCUGUCUUAGGAAAAUGGCAGUAUUUCUAACUUUUUCAAGUCAAUAUUUGACAUAUUUACAAGUAUUUAUUUGUGUUGAAUUUGAUUGGAUAUACAAAUUGGUUCUCUUGCAUUUUCAUUUUUAAAUUUUGUAUGUAGUUCUUUCUGAAAAUAUCAGCAAUAGAAAACAAUUAUUUUGCCUGGUCAUGUUCACAACCCUUUUUGAAAAUAAAUGAUUUCUAUACA